GGUGCUGGUCUCCGUCCGCUCGGCCGCCUCGCUCCCCGGCCCGCCGCAGCCGCUUCCGCGCCCUAGCCGGCCCCGCCGCCCGCAGCCCUGGCGCUCCCCGCGGGCCCCGCCGAGGCCGCCUGCGCCCUGUGCCAGCGCGCGCCCCGGGAGCCGGUGCGCGCCGACUGCGGCCACCGCUUCUGCCGGGCGUGCGUGGUGCGCUUCUGGGCCGAGGAGGACGGGCCCUUCCCGUGCCCCGAGUGCGCCGACGACUGCUGGCAGCGCGCCGUGGAGCCCGGCCGGCCCCCGCUCAGCCGCCGCCUGCUGGCGCUGGAGGAGGCGGCCGCGGCGCCAGCGCGCGACGGCCCGGCCAGCGAGGCCGCGCUGCAGCUGCUGUGCCGCGCCGACGCCGGGCCGCUGUGCGCCGCCUGCCGCAUGGCCGCGGGCCCCGAGCCGCCCGAGUGGGAGCCGCGCUGGAGGAAGGCGCUGCGCGGCAAGGAGAACAAGGGGUCUGUGGAAAUCAUGAGGAAGGACUUGAAUGAUGCCCGGGAUCUGCACGGCCAGGCGGAGUCGGCCGCCGCGGUGUGGAAGGGACACGUGAUGGACCGUAGGAAGAAGGCACUGACCGACUACAAGAAGCUACGGGCCUUCUUUGUGGAGGAGGAGGAGUACUUCCUUCAGGAGGCCGAGAAGGAGGAGGGGCUCCCCGAGGAUGAGCUGGCCGACCCCACCGAGCGCUUCAGGUCGCUGCUGCAGGCGGUGUCGGAGCUGGAGAAGAAGCACCGCAACCUGGGCCUCAGCAUGCUGCUGCAGUGAUGGCACCAGCCCACUGCCAUCCCGGAGCUGGAGGCAGGCGGAUGGAUCCUCGUCUCUGUGGGAAGUGUCAGCGCGUGGCUGCGGGAGAAGUGUGGUGGGCACCCAGCCUUGGGUCCAUCUGUGUAGCUUGCGUGUUUCAACAAUGUCCAUUUAUCCUUCACCCCAAGGCGUGAGUGUUUUGGGGGCUGCAAACGCCUCCUGGUAGAGGCUGGACUUGGGGACCCUUCCCACCUGUGCCCGACCCCUCCUGAAGUCCUGGCCGCAGCCCAUCCUCCAUGAGUCCCGGCAGCCCCAGGCCAUGCCCUUCCUCAAUCACCCAUCGACCCCUCACCUUGUCAUCCAGGGACCCAGACCCUGCACCUUCCACGUGGGGCCCCAGAUUCUUGGCAGGUACGUGAGGCACACCCUUGAAGGUCAGAAACGAGAAUGCACACGAGGCCGUGAGAAGGCUGGAACACAGAUUGCAGGGAAGAGAAAGAAGGCUGGAUGGCACGUUGAUGCCUCCUGAGGAGGGGGCCC